AUGCAGGAUCGUAAAACGCAGGCUUUUACUGUAUUCAUCAUUUUAUUGCUUGGAAAUCUUGUAAUCCUAGAAGGUGAAGCUUGCAACGAGACUCACGUGGGUGCAGACAGUGGUAUCCUUCAGUCUCCGUUUUUUCCGCACAAUUACCCGAAUGAAGCCUACUGUUUCUGGAAUAUCAGAGUCAACCAAUCACAGCACGUGUUUUUGAUGUUCUCAUCAAGUUUCAGUUUACAGGCUGAAAACAACACAGAUGUCAUUCGUGUGUACGAUGGAGGGAAUACCACAGAGGAGGAGUUGGGAGUGUUUUACGGAGGACACCCGCCCCCUCAGGAUGGACUCUAUUCAUCAGCAAACCAAAUGUUUGUGGUUUUUAAAACGGACAACAACAAAUCUUUCUCCGGUUUCCAAGCUUCCUAUCACGCCUUAACGUGUUCCGGUAAGGAUGUUUCAGAACAACUGACCUUCUUCUAGGCCACAAUGCAGUUUCCAUUCAAAUUUUCAAAGGCAAUAGGCCACUUCCGAGUUCCGAAAACCCUCACUUUCAAAAUGAGGCCAAGUGCACAGCCAUUCUUGUGAAAUUGAGUUUUAUUUGCAUGAGAAUGAAAAAUCAUCUCCAUAUCAAUGGCUAAGCACUAGUCGUUUUGAUACAGAGGCCCAGGGGAACUCGGAUAUGGCCUACCUUGCAUUGCCAUCAACCUCGAGACAGGCAGAGGGAGCAAUCUUUUUACGUAACUUCGCGCGGUAGCUUCAAGCCUUGACGAAGACCGGCGAAUGAAGGCGUUGUUGAAACUUCACUUUUAAAAUCAUGUUUAAAUCGUUGUAGAUUAUAAACACUACUUAUCGACCGAGAGUGAUGUCCGAGAUUACAGGGAAAUCUCAGACCGAGGCUUUGAUGUAAUAGGGAGCUUAUAAGCAACAAGGACGGCGACGGCUACAAACGUCACUUAUUCGCUUAUUCUGUCUCGUUUAAUUCGUGAAAUGUUGGCAAAUUUUUUUGGAGUUAAGUUCUAAAGGACUGUAUCAAAGUUCAGGAAAGAAAAAGAAACUUGUUGUUGUGUGUUCCCGUCCUCGACAAAACUGCGUGCAACAACAGCAAAGAAAUGUACAAUAAAGCGUGAUGCACGUGCAACGUUGUUGUUUUGCGAGUAUAAACCUUUUCCUUUUUGGCCGUUGUCGUUGCCGUUCGCUGUCUUCAUUGCUUAAGCUCCCUAUCUAUACAUCGAGGCCUCGGUCUGAGAUUUCUCUGUAAUGACCAAACGCACGAGGUUAAUAAGUUCUUUAUUAUAUGGCCUUUUUAGCGUCCUUUUCUUUAAAGUUGACUUCCAACACAGGGAAAAAAAACCUAAACAAUAACGUAAAGUCAUAGCAGCCUAACACUGUCGGCCCUUGCCAUAGGGUACUUUGAGGUCUUGUCUAAGUGGGCUACGAAAUUCCACUACCUCUUGACUAUUUUCUAUUGUUUGUUUCCUUGUUUGACAUAUUUUUUGCUUGAAAUAUAUAGAUCCUCUUGGAAUGGAAAGCGGGGCCAUUUCUGAUGCUCAAAUAAGUGCAUCUUCGCAUUAUACCAAGAACUGGCGGCGUGACCAUUCUGCAAAAAAGGCAAGGCUAAAUUCGAGAGUGUCGUGGAGGAAUAUAGAAUGGUGGGCAGCGGCUACAAAUGAUCUUCACCAGUGGCUUCAAGUGGACUUUGGUGGUUACACCAAAGUAACACGUAUCGCGACUCUGGGAAGUGGAGACGGAAUCGUACAAUACGUGACUAAGUUUAAGAUCCGGUAUAGUUCUGACGAAGUCAUAUGGCAAUUUUACAAAGAACCUGGUAAUGCGAAUGCUUCAGCAAAGGUACGCUGGACUUGCUAA